CAAUACCCGGCGGUGGGGUUGACACGGAUUUACCCGCGCUGACUGUGAUAUUUUCUGUCCCCCUGCCUUUCAAACAGCUCUGUUUAGAUAAAACACUGACUUCAGGAAGGUUAGAGAUUCUUUGGGUGUACAUGGUCUCAAAUAAACUGAAUUUCAUCGAAUAUAGCGUUUAUUGGAGAGCGCGGUUUAUUUAUGCACAUUCGAUUUUUAGUUCAUCUCUACCAGCUGCGAUGGAGCUCGCAGAGGAAAACUCAAAGCCACUGUCAGAUGCCAAAGCCUCUGAUACAGGAGCUCAGAGACCCACGUGGAGUGGGCAGCUGGACUUCAUCCUGGCCACGGUGGGAUACGCAGUGGGACUGGGAAACGUCUGGAGGUUUCCUUAUCUGUGUUACAGCAGCGGCGGAGGUGCCUUCAUUAUCCCCUACAUCGCCAUGGUUUUCAUUUGCGGCAUUCCUCUGCUCUUUAUGGAGUUUGCUGUUGGCCAGUAUACUCGUUUAGGACCAGUGCAUGCAUUCGCCAAGAUCUGCCCCCUCUUUAAAGGUGUAGGCCUGGCCACAGUCGUAAUCUCCUUUGUCUUCUGCACAUUCUACAAUGUGCUCAUGGGCUGGGCCUUUUUCUACUUGUUCAACUCAUUCAGAGGAACUCUCCCCUGGUCGUCUUGCAACAACACGUGGAAUGUCGUUGGAAACUGCUCCAGCGGUUUUUCUGGCAAUGCCACCCACCUGCAGUCGUCAAGCCUGCAGUUCUUUGAUCACAAACUUUUAGAGAAGACCAGUGGGAUUGAAGAAGCUGGUGGCCUACAGUGGGAAGUAUUUGGCUGUCUUCUUCUCUCAUGGAUCAUUGUUUAUUUAUGCAUAUUUAAAGGAGUCAAAUCCACAGGCAAGGUGGUGUAUUUCACUGCUGUCUUUCCAUACUUUAUCUUGUUCUCCCUCCUCAUCAAUAAUAUCCAGCUGCCCGGAGCAAAGGCAGGCAUCCUUUAUUUUAUAACACCUGUUUGGAGCAAACUGUUUGAAGUCAAGGUUUGGGUCAAUGCAGCUGCCCAGGUGUUUAACUCUCUGGGAAUAGCAUUUGGCUGUAUGAUUUCAAUGGCUAGCUACAACAAGUUCAACAACAACAUCACAAGGGAUGUGUUAGUAGUGUCAUUAGUCAAUUCCUUCACCAGUAUCCUGGCUGGCCUUGUAAUCUUCUCAGCUAUUGGCUACAUGUCUUUUAAACACAAUCUACCAGUGGAUAACAUAGCCACAGAUGGUCCUGGUUUGGUGUUUGUUGUGUAUCCUGAAGUUCUCUCCACCAUGCCCGGCUAUCAGUUCUGGGCUCCACUGUUCUUCAUCAUGCUGCUGUGUCUUGGUCUCGACAGUCAGUUUGGCAACGUGGAGGUGGUCGUGACGUUCUUGAAGGACGAGUUUGGAGUCAAAAUUCUUCGGUACCUGAAGAGAGAAGAGCAUCUUGCUCUGGUCGUGUGUUUUGUGGGGCUUCUUUUGGGAAUCCCUCAUGUAACUCAGGGAGGCAUUUACGUGUUCCAGCUGAUGGACCACUGCACUGCUGUGGUUUCCCUCAUAUGCCUGGCUUUCUUUGAAGUAGUGGCUGUAUGCUGGAUCUUUGGAGUCUCCCGUCUCUCCCUGAUGGUCAAGAGGAUGCGAGGCGAGUCUGCGAGCCUCUUCUUCCGCCUCUGCUGGCUGCUGCUCUGCCCCCUACUGAUGCUGUGCAUCCUGGCAUCCAGCGUUGUUCAAUACACGCCUCCUCACUAUGGAGAGUACAUGUACCCACUGUGGGCUGAGUUAGUGGGGUGGGUCGUCUCACUGGUCUCCAUAGUGUGGAUCCCACUUUGUGCUGUUCAUGAAAUCUACAACAGCAAGGGGUCACUUCUUCAGAGAAUCAAAAAAGCCGUGGCUCCUACAUUAGACCUGGAUGCCACGAAUCCUCAACCAGAAAAGCAGAAAACAGACAAACCAGUGUUGGAAAAACUGUUAAGAUCAUCGGUGUAGCCAGAGAGUGAAAACCAGUGUGUCUGUGGGAUGCUUAGAUGUAUUAGUCUGUUUUUACAAGGUCAUGUUUUUAUGAAAGAUAUAACUUUAAACCAACUGUAAAUUUUGAAGGUUUUUAAUCUUUUUUCUGUAAAAAUAUUCGGUUUCAUCCAUCAUCUGAAGGCUAAAUAACAGCGAUUUGUUUUCACUGUGAUGUAAAAAGUAAAACUUAUUCUAUAAAUGCUUUGUAAAUGCA